AUGUAUAAUGUGAUUUGUUCAAAAGUGGGUUGUACGGUUCAUAAUGUUGAAAAAGUGUUCAACGGUGUUGCAGAGAAUAUUUUCGAAGAUGGAUUAAUAAAUUGGGGUCGUAUUAUUGCGCUACUAGGUUUUAGUGUGAAGGUUUCGCAGUAUUUGGAAGAUAAAUCGGAUCAAAUUGUGGAUUUAACAGUAUGUUUUAUUGUGGAUAAAACGGGUUUAUGGAUACAGUCUAAAGGCGGAUGGAAGAAUGUUAUUGUACAUUUUAAUAGUAGUAGUAGUAGUAGAGAUAUUGUUGGGUGGUUUGUAAGACAUACAACAACAACCGUGGCAACGAUUAGUCUGGGUAUACUUGUGUCAUGUAUAAAUAAUUUAAUACACAAAUAA